GAAAACCUCACCAUGCAUCCCACCGACGCCGACCAAGAAAGUUCUUCUGUUGGCCGGCAGCAGGCACAUCCCCUGCAGGCCCUGAGUUCAAGGCUCCGCUUCGCCACUGAAGCGCCAUCCUGGGUCGUUUACCUUCCACAGGAACUUCAAGAUAGGAUCUGCGGCGCCUCGCGGCUCGAGCGUGGUUCCCACGGCUCCCCCGGGCCGUGCCAUAGCUUCGGCAUAGCCUUCGAGACCAUCAUGAAAGAGAAGGGGUCCUGCCUUCGAUCUCAAGGAUCAUGGUGGUCGCAGCGCGUGUGGACCUUGUCGCGCGACAGCAAGGGCUGUCGCGAGGUGCAGAGGGCCUUUGAUGAGGCGGACCAGGAAGAGCGUUUAGCUCUGGCAUCGGAGCUGCGAGGUCACGUUUGGGAAGCCUUGCGGUGUCCCUUUGCCAACUACGUGCUGCAGAAGUGCGUCACGGUCCUUUCCAGGGAGAAUUUGAACUUCAUCUUUCAAGAACUGAAACAAAAAGGACCCGAGAUGAUUCAGCAAGCUGCACGACACAAGUAUGGCUGCCGCAUCAUCCAGCGACUCCUGGAAUGUGGACCUCAAGAUCAGGUCAGGGACCUCAUCGAUUGCCUGCUGGAAGACGCCAUCAACAUCUGCGCCCAUCCCUACGGCAACUACGUCAUUCAGAACCUGCUGGACCAAAGCACUCGCGAGCAGCGCCGCCGUUUGCUUCAGUCCUUGAUGGACAAUGUGACUUUGGUGGGCAAUGAGAGUGACAACGUCUACGUGUCGGCGGUGAUGGUGAAGAUCAUGUCGGUGGCCCAACGCGAAGAAAAGGUGCAGUUGGCUCGGUCGCUUUUGCGAGUGCCCGGCUUGCUCCGCAAGAUGGGCACCACGCGGCACGGGCACCAGGCGGCCAAGAAGGUGCUGAAGACCUUGACGGGCUCCGAACACGAGGAUGCGAGGUUUCAACUUUAUGGACACGGCGGUGAAGCAACCACCGAGUCCCGUCGAAGAGCUGCCACCCUACGACCCUGAAGGGUCUCAGGCGCAGUUUUUGCUCGACGAAAAUUAAAAACACGAGGUGUCUCGUGGAAAACCGUACAGAAGGUAUCCCACCAAGUGGAUAUUGAAAUUCAUUUGUUGUGCGGCUUGCUGUUUGGACACGAAGAUCGAAACAGCACCAGUGAUGCACCAGGCAUCUCUUCGGAGAUUUUCUCUGGCGCUUUUUUUUGGGGGCUUCGGGGACCAAAACGUACCAAAACCCCGAAGGUUUCGGCCAUCAGUUCUCAACACGCGCCGGCCCAGCGGCAGCUUGGCCGCACCGCGGACCACGGGGUGGCCCAAUGCGGGCCAUUUUCAACCCGUGGCGUGCGCGGGGCUGGCGCAGUGAUGUGCCGACCCAGCGAUUUUGGAUUUUGCAAAUUUUGACGUCCAGGUGCCACGGUCAAAAACGGGGCGGAUUUUUGGGUCGAAUGAUGUCGAAUGCCCCUGACGCAUCCAACGAUGUCGAUGGAUCCCGGCUAAAACGUUGGGCUGCAAAGCUUCGACUCGUGAUGCGAUCUCGGCAGCCAUGGGUCGAACGAUCAUUGGCUGUCGGGGCCAUGCGUCAUGUGUACAGGGGUGAACUCAAAGGUUGAGCAAAUGAAGAACAUG